AUGUUGGAUGAUAAUUUCGAUUCAAUUGGUUAUACAACAGUAUUUUCAAGUGGUAAUUUGAUUUAUAAAGGUUUUUUAAAUUUUGGUUUAUUAAAUGGGGAAGGAAUAAUAUAAAACAUUUAAAAUGAAAUACUCUAUUAAGGAAGCUUUAUUCAUAAUUAAAAACAUGGAGAUGGAAUUAUCACUUUAAAUUAAUAAAAUUAUUAAGGUUGCUUUAGAAAGGAUUAUAUGGAUGGCAUUUUCAGAAUUUAAAAUGAUCUAAAUUAAUAAAUUUUAUAUUUUUGUAGAGAUAUAUAGGUUGAAAAAUAAAAUUUUGAAAAAUCAAAUAAUUAUACAAUUUAAUCAGAUAAGGGUUUAUAAAUCAUUUAAAAAAAUAGUUAGAAUAAUGAUGUCACUUUAAGUAUUAGUUAGUAUUUAAAUUUUGAAAUUUCAAUUUUUUCUUAUAAAGCAUUAUCUCCUGGAUAAUGGUUAUUUGAAACAUAAGUAGAUUAUUUUUUAGCUUAUUUCUUAAAUUAUUUUGCUAUGUUUUCAAAAUUAGAGCAAACAAUCAUUUUUAAUACAAAUGAAUCAUCAGAUUAUAUUUGUUGUGAUGAAAAUUAAGAGUUUCAAAUAAAUGAGAUGUAAUUUUAAUUGUGAAAUAUUAGGUUAUAUUAAAAAUUAGAUUAAAGUAAAAAGGAUAAGAAAAGGAAAGUAUUUGUAAUGAAUAGUUAAAGAUCACAUUUUAUGAUAAUGAUAGAAGAUAAUAAAAAAUUAUAUUGUUGUGAUUCUUUGUAUAAAGUAAAUAAAAAUCUUGAAAAUGCUUUUUAUAAUUUACUCAAGAUAUAAGAUAGAAAUUGUUAUGCUCUGAAAUGUACAUAAUAAAAGAAUGGAUAUGAUUGUGGAAUAUAUUCACUCUAUUAUGCAAUUUAAUUUAUGAAGUAUGAUAAUUUAAGUAUGGUUGAUUUGGAGAUGAAACUUUGUUUAAGAAAUCCCUCUUAAUUUAGAUGGAAUUUGAAAUAGUUAGUAAAACAGAAUCAUGAUUAUUUAUUAACAAACAUUUGA